UAAUCGCUGGCAAGUCCAAACAAGCCCCACGAAAACAAACACGUUUAGGACAUAAUGUGUGUCAGUUUGAGUGAUAUAACCUUGUGAACAUUUUAUAAACAUAACCUAUAUAACAGACACAUCAGUACGGAAGACCCAGGUUUGUGAUAGCAGCAGGGUUUGUGUUGUAUCAGGCAGAUGUGAUGAUGAUGGAGCAGACGGAUGAAGACUGGGAUGCGAUAAGUGACGCGGAGUUGCUCCAGAUUCCGCUGGACGAUUUCUCCACAGACAAAUCCUCUCAACCACACAGUAGUCAAAGUGGCAAAAGUCAGGACAUGCAUAACAGGACCCCUAUCACCUCUAAAAGUAUUCACAGCUACGUGCCUCCUCCACUGCGCUUCUUUAAGCGUCACCUAAGUGUCAGUCUACUGUGUGAGCAGACCUGGUGUGAGAUGAAGGUGCAGUAUGGCUUUCUAAAACCCCAAAUCAGAAAACAAGAAAAGAAGCGAACUGAGGUGCAGACUGGUGCAAGCAUUCAUUUAGCAAGAGAGUUGGAGGUCCAUGAUGUUGUAUCAGUUGACGUUGAAACUCCUGAUGAUUUAGUGGCUGUGAGUCUGGUCAAUAUGUUACACAUGAUUCACACGUUGGAGGCAGGAAAGUGUGUGCGUGAGUUUCCAGUUUUGGGUGAAGUAGAGGGUGUGUUUGUGAAGGGUGUAAUUGAUGAGCUGAGUUAUAACCAGAAGGGGGAGCUGGUGUUAAAGGAACUGAAGACCCGCAGGACUGCGUCUCUACCUGGUUCUUCUCAGGCUGUCAGCCACAGCUUACAGGUGAGCUUAUAUAAGCUUCUUUUCGACAAACUGGUGAGAGGUGAAGUAAAGAAGGAGCACAUCCUACAGCACCUCAAUCUCAGUGCGUCCCGGACUCUUGGAGCUGCAGUCAGGACCCAAGCAGCAAAAGUAGGGGUCACGACGGUCACCGUCGGCGAGCUGGUGGACGCUCUUCUCCUCACUUUGGCUUGUUCUGAUCUGCCCUGUGUCGAUGUCCUUCAGCUCGAGUACCAGCACCAAAGUUCCAGUGCCAUCAUUGGCACUGUGACGCCUCCAUUUGAUGAGACCACCCUGCGCAAAGAAGUUUCGGUCUACCUGGAGUACUGGACCCGUCAGAGAGAGGCCAGGGGAGUGGAUAUCGAGGAGGCCUGGAAGUGCUUGUCAUGUCCGUAUGGGGAGAUCUGUGAGUGGAGGACGAACCAAGCUGAUGUACUUCAGUCUGAACAGCAAUAAGUGAAGCAGCAUAAACAGAAAAUAAUUUUAUGAUUUCA